AUGGAAGGGUACCUUAAUGAUAAAACUUUGAACGUCAAUGAAAGUGAGGAUACUGAAGUGUCACUAGGUUUGAGGUACAAAGACUUGAGUGCGAUAACCCUCCGGUUGAUCACCAGAGCAGCAGAGAGGAAGGACACUACAAAUACUGUUAAACAAGGUCUUCUCAAACUGUUGGAGUCAGUUGAUGAGAUUUUACAAGAUCUCAAUGUGGUCGACGUUGGUAAGGUUAAGGGUAUUAAGGUGAGGCCAAAACCUACAUCAAGUACGAGAUUGAAGAGUGGUUUAGAGAAGAGUACAAGUAAAAAAAGAGCAGUUAAGAAAACCAAGACGUCUUCCGGGACAACUUCACCAAAAAGGCCUUCAAAUAAUCAGGUCCAUAAAAGGACAAGUGAACACAUCUUUGCUGCUAAUCCAGCCACAAUGCGAAUGACAGAUUUACUUAUGGCGCAACAAAUUCCUGGUUAUAAUCAAUUUGGGAUCAGUCAUUCGGGAGAACAACAAUCCAGUGGUUUUGACAAUUUUGGGACUGGAGACAAUCUGGGAAGUUGUCUUUGGGACGAGAUGUGUGGCUAUUUAUUUCCAUGUCUUGGAGACAUACUUUGUACUUGUAAGGGCAAAUAA